AAUCACUCAAGUUUUAUAGUGAAAUUAUUUUAAAUGUUAGUUUCAGUGUAGUUUUAAUUGUCAGAGGUUUCUAUUCUGUUUGUCGUCAAAAAAUUAAACGUGGUUUUAAAUAAAGCACAAGAAAAACUCAAACAAGUACUCAGUCAAAAUCAAAAAUUUAUUCAAUUAACCAAAAAAUGAGCAAAGCUACUGAUAUUUCAAAUAAUGUAUCUGGUUCUGGAUUUUCUUCGCAAAAUAAAAAAUUCGAAAGACCGAACUUUAAGGAACAAUACGCAGUCAUUCAAGAAAAGCGGGAAAAUGUAACGGAGUCUCUAAAAAAAAUUAGAGAGUUCUCUGAGAAAAUCCAGCAAUGUCGUGAAAUUCAAACGCGUUAUAUAACACAAAGGGAUGAAACCAGACGUCUUAUGGACGAUGUCAUUUCUCAAAUGAAUAAUUUAGACGUUGAGCGUACUGAAAUUCUUCUUAAGAUUGACGAACGUCAAAAAGAAGUUCGUGAAGAAAAAUCAAAAGUACAAAUUUUAAAACGGUCUUUAGAAUUCCAAUCUGAAAAAGAAAUUGAUACGAAAAUAGCGUCUUUAGAAAAGUAUAUUUUAAAUAACAAAUUAUCUGUUCAUCAAGAAAAUCAAAUUAUCUCAAAAAUUCAACAAUUACGACAAAAAAAAUCCUUAGUGUCGCAUUCUAGCACAUUUCAAUCAGAUGUCAAAUCGGUUGAUCAAAGCUCUAACGAUGAACUUCGACAACGAUUGGAGCUUAUCAAAGAGGAAGUUAAAGAAUUACAGAAAAGGAAGCGUUUACUGCGUGAUAAAUUAACCGCGUUAUAUGAAGAACAUCAAAAAAAUGUUAUGCCUUUAAAUGACUUAUUCGAUUUAAGAGCAGAAAUGAGACAAAAAUUAACACAAUAUCGACAAGAGGAAGCAACUUUACUGCAAGAAGUCGAAGUUAAAAAUAAGGAGUAUCAACUACACGCGCUUGAAAGAAAGAAAGAAGCUCAAGAAAAAAAACAAGAGGAAGCACGGAAACGUCAUUUGGAACAAACACGAGAUAUGUUACAAAAAGAAUUAGAAAAAAUUGAAGACCAAGUAUCGGAUCCUCAGUAUAUUUUAGCUCAGCAAUUGUUCUCUUACGUUAAAACGCAGAGUGAAAAGGCUCAGGAAAUUUUGAAGAAUCAAAAUUUGCAAGGUGAAACAGUACCUCCAUCCCAUGUGAUUUCACCGAGUUCAUCAUGUUUUGAAGGCCUACGUGUCAUUAAACCGAAAAGUCAACGGGAGGAAGAAGUAACAGUUGUUUCUAAGAAAAAAAAUAAAAAAUUAAAAAAAGGAUUGACAUUAAAACAGCCUUUGAUUCAUGAUAUAACCAUUUUAGCCGACUUUGAACGUUUAAAUAUACCGCCUCCAUUAUGCUUGGAAGAUUGUUUCCAAUGUUUAGAAAGUAUUGUGGAAAAACUUGCUUUCUUAAAAAAUGAAAAAUUAGUAAGGGAAAAAAAGUUAAAAGAGAAAGAGGAAGAACUUUUACAAAAACUCGAAAAAAUUGACAAAUUAUCAAAGACAUGUGCGGAACCUUCAGUGAUGAAUGAAAAAACUACAAAGUCAGAUUCUUCCGAAAACCAUUCGCAAGAAUCCCAAAGCCUUAAGACGUGAUUUCAAAAGAUUUAUAAGCGAACCCGUUUCGACACGGCUGAGAACUUUUUGAAAAACACAUAUAAAUGUUUUUUUUUUAACAAUUUUUUUCAAGUCGUAACAAGCAAUUAUUGUAACCCUCAUUUCGUUACAUUAUCAUAAAAUAACACAUUGAUUUUUUAUCAAGACGCUA